GCUUUAUAUUGACUUCAUUAAGAACUUUAAAUUGUUUCUAAUUGAAUAAAUCCAUAUAAUUUUUUUCAAAAAUAUAAUAACUUCCAUUAAAAGAAUUUUUAUAAGCUUCAAUUAUGUUUAAAAAUAAAACUGUUUUAUUACACUUCGUUAUUUAUAUUACAAUUGCAUUUGCAGUUCCAACAAAUAUUGUAGAAUACAACAACAGAGAAGUCAGUGAAGGUGACGUCAAUCAUGAACAUAAACAAUCAGUAAAUGAAAACUAUUUUCCAGGAGGCUUCAUGAAUGCCAAAAUAUUGUGUGUAUACAUAAAAAAACACUUACCUAAUGUUGCCAAGGGUAUUACUCCUGAAAUUUGUGAUUGGUUUGUCCAAAAUUUCGCAAAAUCACAACCAGAUAAAGGACUUGCAGAAGAUGAAUAUGUUAAUGUGAUUUCGACAAUUUUAAACUGGAUUUAUGAAAAUGUAAAAUAAUUAAGAUAAAAAAUAAUUUAAUUUUUGAAAAAUUUGUUUUCAUCAGUUUUUAAUUCAGUGUAAAGUGAAUGUAUUAAAUAAAAUAUAAAUUUUUAGUUUUUGUUGUAUUCUCUUAUAAUAAAUAAAAAAUCAUGUUACAAAAUUA